AUGACGGCGGAAGGUCCAAUCCAUGACCGCGUGUCCGACCUGGUCAACGGGCAUGGUUCAGGCGACGAUGCCUCGAGAGCUACCUCGCCUGGCGCUCCGGGAUAUCGAAGUGCUGGAGCUGAUGGAGCCGACAUGGACAUCGAGCGUCUGGGUCGGACUCGACCGAGAGUGUUUCCCUAUACAAAGUAUCUACCCUACGAGACCGAGACAAGAGAAGGACGGGAGCAAGAUCUGGAUGAGAUGAUAAAGCAUCUGUACGUGUCAGUUGCGUCUGGAGACUUUGUUCCUGGUGCGGUACAUUGGACGAAGGAGAUUCGUGGGUGCAUGAGCUUGAAGUUUGACUUGACGAAGAUACAACGCAUCGCUCUGGUGAAGCUUUACUACGAGCUCGCUCUGGCGCCUGGCCUGGAAUACAGCGUCUCCGAGAGAUUCGCUAGCAUGUUCAUGGUCCUCACUAAGCGGAAGCAUUACCUGCGGCCGGGCAAGGAUCUGACUCUGGACUGGCGCCCGCUCUACAAGGAACUCAAGGUCUUCGUCUUGCCAUCAGAAAGCAGCACGCAGAACACGUACAGCAGCAAGCGUAAUGCGCGCACCCUGACGAAGCUCUGCACGUUUGCGCAGCUCUUCUUCGAUCCUCAGGAAAUCCCUGCGAUGAUGGAAGAGUUCCUACCAUUCUUCAGCAUGUCAUUCUCUGAGCAUGCGUUCGUGGUGCUUGGUCUCUUCAACCUGAUGCUGCCCACUGCGGCACCGCCGACAGACGAUCCAAAGCUGCAGCCGCAAUACUACCUCCCAACAUACUUCCACCUAUGGUCGACGAUAAACAGAUCAAUGAUGAUCGAUAUGCGAUUCCUUGACAUCUUCUCCAGGCAAGCUAGAGACUGCUUGGGAGCAGAGCAAGUACCCUUCGGCCCAAGCGGAAUCUUCACCGAGGAGCAGUCCUCACUGAUCUUCACGGCUGUUCUGAGACUACUCGAGAUCCCAGUGGGCCAGGCAAAUACUCCAUACAGCCCAACAGUCGAUCUCGGCGCAGGCACCGGCCUGUUCCUUGACCGAGAUCCAAGGAAGCAUCCAGUGUCGCACAGCAUUGCUCGCUGGAUCGUCAUGUCUCUUUCCCCCAAGUGCUUAGAAGCCGACAAUCAAAAGUCGAUUCUGCAUCAGCUGGAAGGCUUGAUUGAGGGAAUCGAGACAUUCUUCCAUCCUUCGAACUCAGGAGCUUGGACGAAGCCACUUGCUCAGCUGGUUUACUAUCUCGCGGACUUCUUCGUCAUGCGUUGGAACCGAGAGCAGAGCGCCGAGUACGAUGUACCUGAGGACAGGAAGCUGAAUGAGCAGGUCAGACACCGCUUCGUACUUUGCUUGCGGGAAGUUGUCUUCAUGGGCAUUUAUGCCAAGAGUGGCACUGCUAUGAACUACAGUCUUAGCACGCUGCAGAGCCUUGCCUUCCUUGAGCCGACUCUCAUUCUACCAGGCGCUCUGCAACGCAUCUACCCAGCAAUGCAGGGAUUGGUAGAGGUUCACCGGACAAUAUCGUCUAUCCGCGCUCUGCAGAUGCUCAGCAGGAUCAUAGCGAGGACGAAGGGGUUCAGAUGCCACUUGACGACUUUGCUUGGUCUUGCCCUGCCAGGUAUUGACGCCAACGAUCUGGACAAGACCAUGCACAGUCUGGCUUUCGUUCAGUCGGUGUGUUACAACAUUCCGCUCUACGAUCUUACCAAAGAGCAGCGACGCGAGAAGAGCGAACUCAAUGGAGAUUACGAGAUGGUCGAUCACGAUUCGCCUCCACCCGCUGGCUCAGGCACGGCAAUAGCGGUGGAGUGGAUCACUGCACAGGUCGCGAGAUUUGAGCAAGAGGGUCCAGGCAUUGAGGUCGACUACGCCAGCGAGCUCAGCGAGGAAGAUGAAGAGACUAUACUCAAAUCUUCCACCGCUGGAUUUGCCGAAUUCCUCAUCAGCUUCCUGGGCAGAGUGUUCACGCUGCUUCAGAACUUGCCCGAUGCGGCCAGAGUCAAGAGCGGUAGUCCUGAAGAGAAUGUUGUCAACACGCUCCCUGCGACGUUCAGCCCUCUUCUCGCAAGCCUGAGCCCUGACUUAUACGACAUCGCAUUGGAACAAGUGUCGCGCUUCAUCUCGAACCAUGUGGUUCAUCAGGCAAGAGAUGCCAUGGCAUUCAUUUGCAACGCGCUUGUCAAGAUCUCGCCUAAGAAAGCACUACAUCGCUUGCUACCUGAGCUUGUAUCCAGUAUCAGGACCGAGAUCAGUGAAAAUGGCGCCGGCUCCACGAGAACGACAGGUAGCGAGAUCUUGCCCAGAGAUCGAGCACUUGUAUGGCAUGUGUCUUUGCUGAGCAUGUGCGUGGUGCAUGUCGGGCGAGACGUUCUUGACUUCCAGGACGACCUCUUCGAUAUUGCCGCAUAUAUGCAGGACACUUGCAAAGGCAUACCUCUAGUGCACGUUUCCAACUUUGUCCAUCAUCUGCUCCUUAACCUGACAGUCACCUAUACCAUGGAUUACAGCCUCUUCAACAAAGCUGAUCUGCAGAAAGGCCUCACGACAGACAGUUGGGGCAAGAAUGUCGACCCAGCUACCUUGGAGAUCCAGUGGCAUGUGCCUGAGCAGGAAGAACUGGAGUUUGCCGUUCGACUGUUCGAAGCGCAGGGCGGUCGCGCCUUGAAGGCACUGAAGGAGCUCAUUUCCGAUACUGCGACCAUCAAGCGUGAUGGUGUCGGCAAGGACUGGUCUGACGAGGUUUCGCGGAAUCUUGUUCUGCUACGACUGGUCAUAUCAGGAAUGUCUCGCCUUUUCCGCUCAGACGACGGCACCGUCACACCGUACACCUUCGCCACUUUGACGCCGUCGAGCUCCGAUGACAACAUUGCAAUCAUUCCUAACGAACCAGUGCACCCAGACAGCCCAAGCGACAGUGCCGUAGACCUGAUGGAACCAGAUGACGAGAAGGUCAAGCGUACGUUUCAGUAUCCGACAGGCUAUCCUCUAGAAGUCGGCAGCCCAGCGUACGAGACCGUACAUCGCAUGCGUAAGGAGGCUGGUGAGACACUACACAAGGUUCAUCAGUUCCUUGUCAAGAACCAAGAAGAUGAUGUGCCAUGCUUCAACUCCUUGUACAGUGCGUACAAGUCGUGGUUCGUUGACAUCGGCAUAGAACGCUCGGCACACGUGCUUGAUAGGCUUACACGCUUGCUGAGCGCUGACAUCCACCCGUUCAAGUUUUCUGGUACGAGGAAGCAAUACCCACGGCCUCUGCUCGUUCGGAGAGCAAAUCUGUACCACUUCCAGCGGCUGCGAUUCAAUGAGCAUCCUCGGGCGGCGUCAGAUCUAGACAAGACUCUUCUGCUCGAUCUGGCGCACUCCAGUACCUCUGUCUACACGGACAUUCGGCGGACAGCUCAGUCAGCAGGCGAGCAGGCCGUUAAGAGCAUAGUAGGAGCGAAGCCCCUGAUCAUUCCACCACUUCUGGAUGCUCUCGAAGAUGCGUUGAAGCAAGGUGAUCAUCCAAGAAUCAAGGGCGCUAUCUUCUCCCUCUUGUUUGGCAGCUUGGCGAAGCCCAUCGGGCGAAACUGGAAGUUCGCACCUCGAAUGAUCAGACUGUUCAUCCGGGUAUCUGAAGCCGAUCGACCAAGCAUCCAGAAGCUAGUAGGCCAAUCGAGUUUCACGAUACAGGACAUGACGAAGGCCAUGGACCGGAUGGUGAUACUCGAUGAAGCCACGCUGAACGGCAUCUGGCCAGAAGAGGGAACGACACUGACUAGGACGAUUGCUCGUACCGUUGAGGAUGCUCAGGCGCUCAUACCACCAAAGAGAGAGAAGAUCAAGAAGCGCCGAGGCGUGGUCGAGAAGCGAAAGUCUGAGCUGGCAGCUGAACUGAUCGACAGUGUUAAGAACACCCACUGGAAGAAGGCGAGCAGGACCGCAGUCAUGGCAAUAGGAUUGGACUACCGCUUUGAAACCAUCGCUUCCGAAGGCAUGCUGGAACUGGUCAUCAAGGGUGUGAUCGACCCGCAUCCCCAGCUGCGCACGUUGUACGCAACAUCGAUGAACGCCAUCUUCAGCUUGGCUCAGUCGCGAGCUCUGGUCGGCCACAAGUACGAGAACUACCUACUCGACGAGCAGAAGGACCAGGAUGAGGUCUCCGUUCCCACAGAGCGCGAUGACCCGACUUGGACGCAGCGCUAUCUUGAGUCGUUUGCCCAGCCUGAAGCUCAAGCCUACAUCGACAGUGACUACCCCGGUUGGCUGGUGUGGCAAAAGACCAUGCGAGGGUUCCGCACAGGACCAAGUCAACUGCAGUAUGAUGAAGUUGAGCAGGCUGUUCGCCGGAAGAUGGGUCAGCAUGUCGAUCGCCACUGGCUUUCGACCUACUUCGGGUACAUGAAGCAGGAGCCACGAGAUGGCCAAGACCGUUUCCGCAUGUCCAGCUCAAUGAUUGUUGCGUACGCGAUGGAUCUCAUGUCUGAUGGUCUGACCAAGGCAACAUUCGAUGAUUUCAAGGACCUCACGUUGGCCGUCUAUGGCGAUGGAACCGACAAGCACCAGCACCGUGCCAUGUCUGAGAUCAUGGGUGCUAUGCUUUCUAGCUCGGAAGACUUUGAGCACGAUCUCAGAACGAAGAUUUGGGAGUUCGCGUUUCCAAUCGUUCGACGUAUCUUCAGCGAUGGCCUCACACCGGAGAACAGUUCGUACUGGUCGACCUUUGUCACCUUGAUUGUCGGAGGAAAGGAUCCGCGACGUGCCUGGCCACUGAUCGAUUGGCUUGCUGGAUUCCGCUUGGACAUGGAAAGCAGUGCUGCCUUCAAGGAGAGCUCGAAGAUUCAACUGCUGCAGCUCGUCGUGAGUGCUGUGGGCUGGCACUUCCAGUUGCACCGACCGAUUGUGGACGACUUCUUGGCUCAUUUGGAUCAUCCUUACAAGAGUGUACGUGAAGUCAUGGGUAACACUCUCUCUACCAUCUUCCGAACGAGAUACCACGAGUCCUACAAAGACAUCUCAACACUGCUUGAAUCUCAGAAAGCCGCAUCUUCUAUCGGUACGAGGCCCUACCAGCCUACCGAAGAGUACAGCAGCAUCAUCAAGGACGUCUUCGAGCGCCUGGAGAAGUGGCGGAAUGAGCGACCUGUUGGCACCCAGACGCCAACACCAUACACGCAAGCGAGCAAGACAGUACUCCUCUGGCUUGACAGCUCUCUGGGUUCUUACGAUUGCACGACCUUGGUGCCUUUCUUCCCAGAUGCAUUCAUGAGACAGCUCCUUCACAUGAUGGACAUCAAAGAGGAUCCCGAGCUCCAGUCGCUGGCCUAUCAUGUCUUCCGCCACCUGCCAAACAUACCACAUCGACAGGGCGAGACCGUGGCUUUCGUCGCUUCGCUUGUCAAGAUUGGCAGAGAGUCGACUUCCUGGCACCAGCGGCUGAGAGUGCUCAUCAACAUCCAGGUCAUCUACUUCCGACAGCUGUUCCUGAUGCCCGUGAAGCAGUCUGAAGAUCUCUUCCACUGCGUACGUGAGAUGCUGCACGACGUACAGCUGGAAGUCCGCCUUGGAGCAGCGGCGACACUGGGAGGCAUGGUGCGCUGCUCGCCCAUCGGUUUCCGCAAGAAGAAGAUUGCAGACCUCAAGAAGCACUUCACCAACCUUCUCGUCAAUAACCCACUACCAAAGCGACCCAAGAACAACGGACCGCGCGAAGGCACGAGCACACCGACGCAAGAACAGAACAGAUUGGUCCUCACACGUCACGCUGCCGUGCUCGGUCUCGGCGCCCUGGUGCAGGCGUUCCCCUACACGUCUCCGCCACCAGAGUGGCUGCCCGAGGUCCUUGCGACUUUGGCAGGGCGUGCAGCCAGUGAUCCGGGCAUGGUCGGCAAGAGCGUCAAGACGGUGCUGAGUGACUUCAAGAAGACGAGGCAGGAUACCUGGCAUGUGGACGUCAAGGUCUUCAGCACCGAGCAACUGGAGGAUUUGGAGGGCGUGCUCUGGAAGAGCUACUUUGCCUAA